GGCAGCGGCAAGACCCUGGCCUACCUGCUCCCUGUGCUGGCCGCCCUGAUGACCCGCAACAGAGUGCAGGGCUCCAAGAACUGCGCCUCCCCGGAGGCCCUGGUGCUGGUGCCCACUAGGGAACUGGCGGAACAGGUGUUUUCUGACGUACAGUUAUUGCUCCGUGGCACUCACCUCAAGGCCCUGGCGGUUCACGGUGGGGUAUCCCUGGCGGAUCAGGUGCUCGCCAUCCGGGGCAGCGCGGGCGGUGUGGAUCUGCUGGUUGCAACUCCCGGUCGGUUACUUCAGUUGGUGGAGCAACGGCGGGCUGUACGGCUCAACCGUCUGGGUGUGUUGGUGGUUGAUGAGGCGGACCGGCUCAUGGACUUGGGCAUGUGGCCGGAUCUGCGGCGACUGCUGUCCCAGCCCGGUCUCCCAACUGCCCGCCAAACCGCCCUGGUGGCGGCCUCUCAGCUCCGGGAGCACACCCCCCUGGCGGAGGCGGCGUCGGAGCUGCUGCGAGAUGCGUUAACGAUAGCAGUUGGCGACGGCAGCGGAACCAGCGGCGUUGUACGACAGCACGUGGAGCUGGUUUCGGACGAGCAGAAGCUUGGGCGCCUGCUGGAGUUGCUGGCUCCCGGGGCUGCGGGGGGCCCCGCCGUGGUGUUCACUCGCAGCCUGACUCGAGCUGAGGAGGUGGCGAGGUACCUGUCGGGGCGGGGUAUUAGCGUGGCGAUGUUGCACAGCGAUCUGACCCAGGCCCAACGAGAUGAGGCGAUGCAAUGUUUUCGUUUCGGUGUGACAUCUGUCUUGGUGGCCACAGCUCUCGCGUCGCGGGGGCUCAAUUUUCCGGAUGUCGACCUGGUGGUGAAUUACGACGUGCCGGCGUCGUUGAGUGUGUAUUUGCACCAGGUUGGUCGUACAGGCCGGGGGGGGCGACCGGGUGCCGCCACUACGCUCGUCACUCUCUCCAACAGGCCCUCCGCGCCGUGGCUUCUGGACUGCCUGCGGCGCUCCGGGAGCCCCGUGCCCGUGUGGUUGGAGGAGAUGGCGGCGGCAGCC